AGACGAUGGAAAUGAAUAAAUUUAUGAUCGAAUCUGCGACUCAUAUCUUUGGAAAAUAUUUUAAAAUCUAUCGGGGAUAAACUUCAAAAAUUUGUGAAGAGUGCUCCAAAACUUUUGGCAGAUCCCGAAUUGGAAUCUGGAUUGCGUACUAUAGAAAUUGAAGGAGAAAAAAUACAUAACUUUCUUCAUUCGGUUGUUCAAUCUUAUUUAAAUAGUAGAAAAGAUGAGAGAGAACCAGGGCUACAAUACAAAUAUGAACAAAUGGAAGAACAAUUACACAUUCAGGCUACCGAAUUAGAAAAAGCAAUCGAGGAAACGCAAACCCUUAAGAUCCAAAUAUUAAACCAAAGCAAUUUUUGCGCGAGUUUAGGCGCAGUAUUGGGAAAUUUAGCGUGGCGUGCGUCUCGAUUUCCAGAAAUCGUUGAUAUUUGGGUAUCAGGUCUCCAGAAUAAAGUAAGAGAGUUCCUGUCGAUAGUGAGCGGAAGUUUCGUGGCAUUUAUAAGCACAUACGAGACGAGUAUACCGCCUACGAAUAACGUCGAGUAUCAGUUCGUGUUAGGAUUAUUGGGUAUUGUCACGAAUAUAUCGUCGACGCCGAAGGGCAGAGAGUUUCUCAUUACCAGUCAGAAUGGGAGGGAUCUCGUUGAGAAAAUCAUCAAAUUUAUGCCUAAUUUCUUAUCGAUAGCAUCGGGAACGCAUUCGUUAAUGAGAUUGAUGCUGAUGAUAUUGUAUAACGUGAGCAUGAACAAUACCGGUUUAAGCUGUUUGUUCGAGUUUCGCGUGGCUGGAGUUCUCAGUCGCUGCUUGGAAGAGGAUACUUUAUCGGAAGAAUUGCAGCUGUUAUGCUUGCGCAUUCUCCAAUCAAUUACCUACGAUCUUAAAGAUCCAAAAUAUAUCGAGGACCUGACCACGUCGAUUUCUAUUAGGAAUAUUAAGAAUAUUGUUGUCAAUGGACAGAACGAAACGUGUUCCGUUGCGAAAGAAGUUAUUAAACAAUUGCAAGAGUCUUUAAGAUUCAAAGUGAUUCAAUAAAAAAAAAAGAAAAAAAAAAGAAAAAAAAGAAAGAAAAAGGAAAAGAAAAAAAGGAAGAAAAGAAAAAUCUACUAAAAAAUAGAGUUAAUCUUCAUUUACAUCGCCUUUUUAAAUAUCUUUUAUAAUGAUCAAUAUUUAUCAUACAAACGGUAAUAAUAAUUCGAAUUCGUUUGUAAGUAGUACAACGACCUUUCUCUUGAAGUUUAAAAGUUAAUACAAGGAAAAAAUCGUACUCUGACAAACAGUCUGAUUCACUGUUCUCUUUCAUCUUAUAGAAAUAUAUAUGCAUACGUAAUAUCUCGCUUCGUCAAAGGAAGCGGUUGGAUCUGCACUGUUAUCGAACGUGCCUCAAAUUCUUCUUUGCUUUACGGUAUGUAUGUAUGUACGUACGUAUUUCUCGUAUAUAUGUGGGCCUAUGUAGAACUAGAUUCUCAUAUCAGCAGCGCGUUGCAGUAAAAUACAUAUAAUGUACUGCGCAAAUAAUACCACCAGUUGGUAUAACGUAAAUUUCUAUCUAACGAACUAUCUCUCUUACGACCACAUUAUCAAAUACACAUAUAUAUAUAUAUAUAUAUAAUAUAUAAAUGUUCAUAUUUAUCAUACAUUUUGCUAUGCAUUACUCAAUAACGUUUAAAUUAUGAAAUAUCAAAGUGUCGUAAUUUAAAGUUGAAAUGAAGCCUAAGUACUUUUAACAAUUUCAUCGAAUUGCAUUGUUUAAAAUAGGAUUAGAAAAGAGACGAUGAUAAAUAAAAAUCAGUAAGCAUCGAAUCGAUAUGCAUCGCCAUGUUUAAUAUGUACCUGUGUUCUAUUCAAUGAACUCAACGUGAACAGUAAAGAAGAUAAAGAGGGUGCAAUGGACCAUAUUAAAAAGCUUUUAGUAAAGGCGUAAAUGAAUAGCGAAGAUAGGUUCCACAACUCAAAAUCAUUCUCUCGAAUAUACAGGCAUCUUCACAGAGCAAUUUUGCUUCAUUAAAUAACUCGUCUCUGUGCUAACAUAAGUUGUACUUUAACGAAGUAUAAAUGCGCGCGUGCGCUCACGUGUUUAGCAAGCAGACCACUUUAUGAGAAAAAGAGAAAGAGAGAGAGAGAGAGAGAGAGAGAGGAGAGGGAGAGAGAGAGAGAGAGGAGGGGGAGAGAGAGAGAGAGAGAAAGAGAGAGUACUCUCUUCCACUUCGACCUCUUGAUCCAGAUAUGAUAUAAGAGUCUUUUGAAAGAUUUUAGAAAAAUCAAGUUUGUUGUUGAUAGUAUAAUACCAAAGAUUGACUCCGGAACGAAAAGAGAAUUAUGAUAUAAAACCGAUAUGAGAUUAAACAAAUAUGAAUUAUAUUCAGGGGACUGAUAAA